AUAGCCAACACCAACAGUUACAUUUCUCCCAUGAUCUACUGCUACCUUUCACUAAAGGCUUGACCAAAGGUCAUCCGACCCAUUCGUAUGACUUCACCACCUCUUCCCCGUCUCUACACUGAAUUAACACGCCAGGCUAAGGCCCACUGACUACUGAAGUGAUCAUCCUUCACAGCAUGCAGAGUAAAAUGUUGCUAAAAUACUCCUCAGUCUGACUGGUUGACACAGGUGAAUCAGCAAUCCCUAAUCAGUUAUCCUUUACAAUUACAGCCCGCCUAGUCUGGCUAGUGCUUGUUGAAGAUUAUGGAAAGAUCAGCCCUACUGUGUCUAUUGCUUUCUUGCUUCCUUAUUGUUAGCAGUGAGAGUAAUGAGGAAAAGCCUAUAAAUGUGCCUGAUAAGCUAUUUGUGAGUGAGUUGGAUAAAGCUGCCAGUUCUGUGGACCAGUCAACUUACAGUGCCUGUAGCAAUGAAUGGACUAAUUCAAAUGAGCAAGAUGAUAUUCAUGUGUCCUGUCACUCAGUCUAUGAGGUGUGUGGUACAACACUAAUGUACAUGAGCUCAGUACUGAACUUGUCGUUAAGCCUCAGAAUAAGUGGUGAUAGUAAUGGCACUAAUAACAGCCAUUCAAAUCCAGCAAAAGCUUAUGGUUAUGGUUUUAUCAUGGUUUCUGUCAUAUCAAUGUUAUCAUUGCUUGGUCUGGUUCUUGUCCCAUGUCUAAAUGAAGAAAAUCCUUUAGGCCAGUUAAUCAGUAGAUACCUAUUGACAAUGCUGACUGCUAUGGGAGUAUCAGCUUUGCUCUGUGAUGUACUAUUUGAACUCCUACCUACUAUAUUCCAUAUUAGUCAUGACCAUCCACAUGACAAUGAUCAUGUUCAAGGGGAGAUUACUCACAAUGAAGCAAUCUGGAAAGCCACUGGAAUAGCAGCUGGUGUCUUUGCUUUCUAUUUGUUGGAGUUAAUACUUCAUUCUUUGAUAAACACAGCUGCAAAGAAAAAUAAGACUGAGGCUAUAGUCCGCUCUGCAAUUGUUGGCGAUAGAAGACCGUUGAUAUCUACUUGUAAUGGUGAAACUAAUAUGGAAACUCGGCGAGUUAAUAACAACACAAAGACAUUCUGUCAGAAGGUUUGUUCUUUUAGACAGGUCCGUCCUUUAGCUUGGAUAAUAUUGAUUGGAGAUCUAAUGCAUAAUGCUGCUGAUGGUAUUGCUUUGGGAGUUGCUGUUUCCCAAAGUCUUGCUCUAGGACUAAGUACAGCUUUUGCUAUAGGCCUCCAUGAAAUACCUCAUGAAAUGGCUGAUUUUGGUAUACUUGUAAAGUCAGGGUUGCAUUGGGUCACUGCUCUUAUGUUCAAUUUCCUUUCAUCACUGACAGCAAUUGUUGGGUUUUUCAUUGGCGUUGCUAUUAGUACUAACAGUGCUACUUCUAAGGAAUGGUUGCUGGCUAUAGCUGCUGGUUCAUUCCUGUAUAUUGCUCUUGCUGAUCUGCUACCAGAAUUGAGACUUGAUUCAUCUCAUAAUCACGAUUCUUCUUCUCCUGAACAUGAAAGCCAUCUCAAUCAUUAUACUUGUUGUCAGAAAACUGCUCACUGUUCUGUCAUAUUAAUUGGGUUUUCUCUUGCUUUUGCAGUGUUACUUGCAGUCUCGCUGAACGAAGAGAGACUUAAUAAAAUUUUUGCGUGAUGAUGACUAUUUUAUUUAUUUAUCAUCCUUUAUUUAUUAUUAUUUUUUGUACUUACAACUAAAACAAUAUAGGCUGGCUCACGUGGGAUGCAAUCUAAAUUAUAGAAGCCAUGAUUAAGCGUAGUAGAUGACCUGU